AUGCCAGCCACUGUAGAAUCAACAUCAGAAAAAGCCAAGGAGCCAGAGAAGCCGGCUGGAGAGGCGGUGGCUGAGCAAUCCCCACAAUUGGAAGUACCCAAAUAUGCAAAGUACAUCAAGGACAUUGUGGCGAAUAAAAGGAGGCUGACCGAGUUCGAGACUGUGGCACUCACUGAGGAGUGCAGUUCCAGAAUUCAAGGCAAGUUACCUCAGAAAUUGAAGGAUCCAGGUAGUUUCACUAUCCAAAUCACGAUUGGUAAAGAUGCUGUUAGGCGAGCUCUAUGUGACCUUGGAGCAAGCAUCAAUUUGAUGCCGCUAUCUAUAUUCAGACAGUUGGGGUUGGGUGAACCACGCCCAACCACCGUUAUCUUACAGUUAGCUGACCGCUCCCUUGCUCAUCCUGAGGGAGUAAUUGAAGAUGUGCUUGUCCAAGUGGGGUCUUUUAUAUUCCCAGCUGAUUUCAUCAUCCUGGAUUACGAGCCUGAUCAGGAAGUCCCAUUUAUUUUGGGGCGUCCAUUCUUAGCCACGGGCCGAGCUAUUAUUGAUGUUUGUGAAGGAAAGAUGACGAUGAGAGUGGGUGAUCGAGUGGAGGUCUUCAACGUUUAUAGAGCACUCCAGUUACCAGCCUACUAUGAAGAAUUGUCCAUGAUCUCUGUGGUAGAAGGUGAUGCCACGUCGUUAGUACCUUAUAUGAGCCCUGCAGAUCUUGUUGAACGAGUAUUGAUUGGGGACGUAGAAAAUGGUGAAGAUGAUAGGAUGGGAGAGAUUGAGCAAGUGCUGGAUAUGUCAUGCAGUUAUGUACAUGGGAUUAGAAAAUUUGAAGAGUUGGACAGGCCUGUCACUCUGACCCUCCCCAGGCCAUCUAUUGAAGAAGCGCUGAAGCUAGAACUCAAGCCACUUCCAGCGCAUCUGCGUUAUGCUUAUUUGGGGAACUCAGAGACACUGCCCGUGAUUAUUUCAUCCAGCUUGACCAGCACUCAAGAAGAAAAAUUGCUCAGAGACCUCCGCGAGCAUAAAAGGGCCAUUGGGUGGACUAUAGCUGACAUCAAGGGCAUUAGUCCAUCGUUUUGCAUGCAUAAAAUCUUUCUAGAGGACGGACACCGCCCCAGUGUAGAGCAGCAAAGGAGAUUAAAUCCCAUUAUGAAGGAGGUGGUGAAAAAGGAAGUAAUCAAGUUGCUCGAUGCAGGUAUCAUUUUUCCUAUUUCUGAUAGCAACUGGGUAAGCCCGGUUCAAUGUGUGCCCAAAAAGGGAGGAAUGACUGUAGUUGAGAACGAGAAGAAUGAGCUAAUCCCCACUCGCACUGUUACGGGCUGGAGAGUCUGCAUUGAUUAUAGAAGGCUGCUUGAAAAAGAUGUCUCUUUCAAUUUUGAUGAUUCUUUCCUCAACGCAUUUGAGGAACUUAAAAAGAAGUUGGUGACUGCCCCCAUUAUUGUGGCACCUGAUUGGUCUCUACCAUUUGAACUUAUGUGUGAUGCGAGUGACCUUGCUAUUGGGGCAGUGCUAGGCCAGAGAAAGGACAAGAUGUUUUAUUCUAUCUACUAUGCGAGUAAGACUCUUGAUGAUGCACAACAGAAUUACACCACCACUGAGAAGGAGUUGUUAGCCGUUGUGUGGGCCUUUGAGAAAUUCCGGGCAUACUUGGCGGGAACGAAAGUCAUAGUCCAUACGGAUCAUGCAACAAUCAGGUAUUUGUUUACAAAAAAGGAAUCCAAAGCUCGUUUGAUGCGCUGGGUUUUGUUGCUGCUGGAAUUUGAUGUUGAAAUACGAGAUCGAAAGGGGACAGAGAACCAAGUAGUUGAUCAUCUAUCACGGUUGGAAAAUCAUGAUCACGUGGAGGAGGGUGGCCAAAUUAAAGAAAUGUUCCCUGAUGAGCAACUUUUUGCUAUAACCCAAGACUCUCCCCCAUGGUAUGCAGACUAUGUGAAUUAUCUUCAAUGUGCUGAUCAGUUGAUGAGGAGAUGCAUUCCUGAAAAAGAGGUGGAAUUAGUGUUGUAUGAUUGUCACGCAUCACCUUAUGGGGCCAUCAUGGAGGAGAUAGAACAGUUGCAAAGGUGUUACAAUCCGGCCUCUUUUGGCCAACCUUAUUCAAGGAUGCGCAUGCAUUCGUUAAGAAAUUUUAUGGGGCCAUUUCCGCCGUCCAGAGGAAACAAAUAUAUUUUGCUAGCCGUUGACUAUGUGUCAAAAUGGGUGGAGGCAAUUGCUUUGCCAACCAAUGAUGCCAUGGUGGUAGCUGCUUUCGUGAAAAAGAACAUAUUCUCGAGAUUUGGGACUCCACGGGCUUUAAUCAGUGAUGAAGGGACUCAUUUUUGCAAUUGA